AUGCUGUCGGACAAUGUUGCAGACUCCACGGACUGGUUGGAGACAUCUCUUGCCCCUCUAGCAGCCGUGGAGGCAGCUUUGCGCUGUCAAGUAUGCAAAGACUUUUACAACACUCCCAUGAUUACCUCAUGCUCACAUACGUUCUGCUCCAUAUGCAUACGCCGAGCGUUAUCAAACGACGGGAAGUGCCCACUGUGUCGUGCUCCUGAGCAGGAACUCAAGCUUAGAAGUAAUUGGUCUUUGGAAGAAACAGUCGAAGCGUUCUCAAGAGCACGACCAGCCGCACUAGCUCUAGGUCUCAAGACCACCAGGACUGGAGAAGCGCCUAAGAGGAAAGCUGGAGAUGAUGAAACGGUUUGCUCGUCAGAGCCCAAACGACGUCGAGCUUCUGCGCGGCUAAGGAGCGGCAAAACAGUCAUCGGCAGUAAGCAGGACUCACCGAAGGAAGCCCAGCACAUACAAGUCGUCCCGGCCUCCGACGACGACGACGACGAGGUCAGCAGUGAAGGCAGUGGUGAUCACCUACAUGAUGGGAGAAAUGUGGACGAUCUCGUUCCGUGUCCCUCAUGUCAAAUGAAAAUGAAAGCUUGGCAGGUGUUUCAACACCUGGAGGCAUGUCCCGGCCCCAAGUCGCAGGAAACCAGAUCGAGUCAGCUUGAGACAGGUUCAAAUUCACACCAAAAGCUCCAACUACGGCAGAGCAGGUCAAUUCAACGACUCCCUCCUCUCAAUUACUCUAUGAUGAAAGAACAAGCCCUACGAAAGAAAUUAAACGAAAUAGGAAUAUCGAAUCAAGGACCGCGUAUACUACUGGAAAUGCGCCAUAAAGAAUGGCUGGCCAUAUGGAACGCGAACUGUGACUCCGCGCGGCCCAAAAAGCGAUCUCAGCUGCUGCAUGACCUGGAUGUGUGGGAAAAGGCGCAGGGUUACCGACAGCCUAAUGCUGCAAGGGCAGCAUUAAACGCAGUCGCCAUCAAGGAUACGAAUUUCGAUGGUGCAGCUUGGGCAGCGAAGCAUGGCUCCUCCUUCAAAGAUCUAGUUGCCACGGCUCGCAAGAAUAAAGCACCUGCAAAUGAAGAAACCAAAGCUCCGGAUAAAAGACCGGAGCAAGAAGGUUUUGAUGAGCGUGCAAGAGAGGAAAUUUGUGACGAAGCCAACAAAAGCGACGCGCGGGCAUUCGAAUCCGCGAAAGACGUGAACUGCCAAGAAUUUGCCGGUGUCCCCCUUGCCGGACACGAAGACAUGAACGAUGAGGAUUUGGUUCAAAGGUAA